AUGAAUAGUCGGAAAUCUCCAUACGUUAUCAUGGCGGUUUCUAUCAUUGUUAUGCUAUUUACAACAGGAUCAGAAGCUAGAGCAGAGAUAUAUGAUCCAAAGUGCCCGGGUGUAUGUUCACCUGUAGCUGUACCAGACUGCAAAACACUCUGCGCUAACUUAGGGUUUCCUGGAAGCUACUGUAAAGGAUUAACGUGUUGCUGUAAACCAAAAUCCUCUAAACCCCCUCUUUCAUAA